GUCAAAAGAUAAUCGCAUUUACUUCCGUAUAUUCUACUUUCUUACGUCAAAAUAGUAAAUACCUAGUGAUCUAAAGUAUCUAUAUAUUUACUACUUCAACAUUUCUGCUCAUAUAUGUAUCUGAAAAGGAUGUAAAUCAUUCUCAAGUGUGUUGAGGUUCUAAUUUGUUAGAAAUGGGAAAUUUUAUGAGUGAAGCGGAAGAACCCCGACGACCGUCGGAGGAGCAGAAUAGAUCACGCCGACCACAUAUCACUUCUCUUCCCACACAAGAAUUGUUAUGCCAUCUGGAAAAGGAAUUUGGAUCACUUUUUGGGACUAUACAAAACCUUAAAAGAGGUGGAAAUUUUGAUCAAGGAACAAGGGAUUAUAUAUUUGCCAUAAUGCAAGAGACAACAAAUAAGUUACAAGAGUUUAGCAUGAACAAGGGAGAAGUAAUUCAAACACAAAAGGCUAAGCAAGACAAAAUACAGCGGGAGCAUUUCAAACAACAGAAUGAAAUACAACAACUCAAAAUAAAAAUCAAAGGGUUGAGAGAGGAUAAUAGUCUUCUCAAAAAACAAAAUAAAUAUCUUGACGACAUUAUAACAGCACCCCCGAAACAAAGCAGCGGAAGUCAGCUUGUGAAAUCGUUUACUAGUGGUAUGCCUAAUGUUGAGAGAAAGAAACUGGAUGUUCCGUUAGCAAGUGUUCAAGAUAAGUUGAAAGGAAUAUCAAAAGAUGCAAAGGAAAAGAAAGAAAUUGAGAAAAUAAGACAUUUCGAACAAGUGAUCGAGAGGGACGCCCAAAUUAUUGAUGAGUUACAGAGAGCAAACGGAAGCUUGCAGUCAUAUAAUGAUAUUCUUAAGAAAGACUAUAAAGAUAUGGAAGAAAAGUUUAGACAGAUAUCAGAGGAGAAAAAUAAUUUGAUGACGAGGCUCAGUAAAAUGGCUGGACAAAGACUUGUGCAAGACAAUCCCGCCAUAGCAGAUCUGAGUGAUCCUAACCGACCAACCAAACUUGGAGAAAUAUACAGCGAAAUAUAUGACAAUGAAUGGACAGAUGCUCUUGAAGGUCUCCUAGAUGCGGGUUACGAAGAAGUUGAAGCAAUAAUGACUUUAAAGCUUACUCUGAUGAAUGUGAUAGACUUCUGUCAAAGGAAGUCUGAUAAACUGUUAAAGAAAACGGAGGAAGCCAUGAAUUUUCUUUUUGAAGAACUGAAGGAUAUCGAGAAAAGGAAAAAGCACUUGACAAUGAGAAGGUCAUUGUCUGAACAACUGCUGAAGGAAGUAUCUUUAUAUGGAUUCUCUGGUGUUGAUAUUGAUCUUAGAGAAAAGUGGAAAUCUAGAGAUAAGGGCAAAAACCCACAGACUUACACCCAAAGUCACAUAGAGGUGACAAAGCCGGAUGUUUCUGUUGGUCAGCUAAAAUUGUUCAGAAAAGAGGUCGCUGAGUCAAUGGUACCGAUUGUUCAGAAGGCAUACAUGGCAGCAAGUAGUUGGAAUGAUAGUCGAUUUAUACCAGCCCUUAAACCAUUUAUAAAGAAAUGCAUUUUCUUGGGAUGGAUGAUGGUUGUACAAUCACCGCCUCUUGCUUUAGCUGUCUGUCAUCCAGAGGAAGAGUUUGACAAGAACUUAUAUAAGGAAUAUACAACAAGAGGGCCUAAAGUCAGUUACGAAGUUUGGCCAGCACUUUUGCUACAUGAAAAAGGUCCUGUUAUCGGAAAAGGCAUAGCGCAAGCUCAGAAAGCUUAAAAUCUCCAGUGGUUCUCAGUGGUUUGUGCGAUCGAUCAUAAUGCAUUGUAUGCACAGCGGCUGAACAACUUUUCCUUUUACUUAAGGAGAAUGGUUUCAUUUGAUAUCAUACAUUCAAAUUUAAAAACAUUGUUUUUUAUACAAACUAGAAAUAUUUUGUAUUUAUUUUUCAACUCUAUUCCAAAUAAUUAUGAACAUACAUUUUCUGAGUAAAAUGCACGACGUUGACAUCAUUAUGAGAAAAACUUAUAAUCAUUCUAGCAUACCAGAUACCUACCAUUGUACCAUUGUACCCUGGUUGAACCUCUAGCACAUUUCGUCAACAUUUUUAGUUUGUUUACAUUAUGUCUUAAGGUGUAGGCCAUAAUUAGCAAGAGAUAUUCGACUUCUGAUUAUUUAUUACGCAUUUAAGUGUAGGUCGUAUCAGUAGAAUAAAAUGUUUGAUAUUUUUGCUGUGAAGAUUCAAGAUAUAUUUCAUUCCCAUAUUUCAACAAUCCGCUGAGAAUCAUGUAAUAAAUCUUUCUUUGUUUCUUAUUUACAUUUGUCAAUGUGAAUAUAUACUUGAUACGCACGAAACAGAGAAAAGCAAGUGUAUCAUUAUAGUGGAUAUUUUAUUGUACAACAGCUUUAAUAAUCAAUUAAUAUGCAUUGAACACUUUAAUCUUAUUUCUCUUACGCAUCAUAUGGAGAAAUGGCUACAAUGAAAGUAAAUUGUCAAUUUUAAAUACAAAUUUGACAUGGUUCGCCUUUACUCUCAAGAAAUGAAUACUGUUAGAGUAUUCAUUACGUCAAAUUCUUAUUCUAAUAAAAAAGGAAGCAUAUGCACUCAUUGAACUGUACUUAGUCUAUAGUUAAAAAAAAUAACAUCCGAAUCGUAAAUAAAAGUCCAAACCUAUAUCUAAAAUACAAGAUCAUUUUGACUGUAUCAAAUUACGACGAGUGUAAGAUGUAAUAACUAUACAUAUCUACGAAGUGUAACAUAGUCAAAUUUAAAAUAUCGCCAACAGAUUUUUAGGAAGCAUAGAAUUCAGCAAAGCCUCGGUUUGAUUGAGUCUGUUCUAUUAUACAGACGCAAUCAAGCAAAACAAUACUGACUGACUUAAAGGCUUAGCGGUAAUAUAUAAUUUAUAGCACAUAAGUAAUUACUCGGCUACAUAUUUGCUUGUCUAACAAUUCUAAUAUUUACAUUGUACCAGAUAUAAAUAGAAAGAUAACAUUUUUUUUUGACUAAAUGAUAUGGUAUUCUUCAAAUAUUUGACACUUGACAACUUGACUUGAUAUUAAAUCUACCUAAAUAAUAUAACAAACUGUUUACCUAAAUUAACUAAAUUAUUACUUUAUAUAAAGUAGCUUGGGGUUAAAUUUUGUUACGUUUCAUAUUCUUACGGAGAAAUUAAAGUAAACAAGGAAGAAAAUUGCAUUCGCGAAAUAAAGGAAAAUUUUAACAGGAUUUCAACUUUAAAACUUCAUAAUAAAAUUAUUACCGAUGAUAAAAAUAGCUAAGAUAAUAUUUAUCCUUGUUGCAUUGAUAUCAGAUAUCAUUGUUCAUGUUCAUGUCUUGGAGGUACAGUUUUAUUUAUGCGUCACUGUAUCUGUUUAAUAACUCCUAAAUAUCUUUUUUAAAAUAAAACCCUCUUUAAAAAAGAUUAGUGUUGUGCGUUAGUUAGAAAGGGAAGACAACCUUUAAGCAACCCUUAAUCGGUCAGAGGGGGUUGGGGUGCCUUUAAGCGGUUGACUAUGCAGAAAACUCUCGAUCAAGACCGGCUGUAAAAGAGCCGAACACCAAACAUACUACUAGUUUCAACCUAGUCUGGUCAUGAUCACAUUAAAUAAUAAAAUCUAUAAAGUAU